AAUGGUUGCCACAAGGGCAAAUAUAAUUGGAAGAACCGCAUCGCAGUUUUUAAGAACAAACCACUUAAUCUAUGUGAUAUUGAAUAUUAUAGAAAUCAUAAUCCUGAACAUGUUAGAAAAAAGCUAUAUCGAAUGGCAAAAGUAAUCAGAAAAGAAAUCGCAAGUAGAUCUACAAAUGCAACACCAUCAAUGUUGGCAACAGCUGAAAGUGUUGCAAUAUCAAAACAAUAUGGCAUUAAGAACAUGCAAGAUUCUAAGGAACAAGCUGUGCUUCUUGGUAUUGUAUCUACAAUUAUGCCAAUGUUAUUGACCAAGUAUUUAGAUCUUUUUGCAAUAGAUUCUACUGGGAGCCAUAACUGUUUAAACUUUCUGAAUACGGCCUUUAUAGUCAGAUCGGAUAAACCCCAUAGUCAAAUUAUAGCUACAUUCAUAAGUGACAGAGAAACGAUACCAGUCAUUGGCCAUAUGUUCGAAUCACGGCUAAAAAAUGCUUUCCAAAUACGCAAGCAAUUUUAUAUGACUGGCAUGAAGCAUGCUGCUGCUAAACUAGAUAAUGAUGAUGUCCAGCAUGCUGCUGCUGAACUAGACGAUGAUGAACUAGAUGAUAAUGAUAUCCAACAUGCUGCUGCUGAACUAGAUAAUAAUGAUAUUAGUAAAGAAAGCUCAAGAUUAUCUAAGAGCUGA